AUGGAGGCGGCGGCGGCCCCGGCCCCGGGCGGCGGUCCCGGUACCCUGCUGCUCUGCCUGGCCCUCGCCUCCGGCUUGGCGUUCUUCAGCUGCGUGGGCGCCGACACCAACGUCACGGCCGAGCACGGCACGGAGGGGCUCAGCUGCGACACAGCCAAGGGAUACACAGGGAACGGGACGCAGCUGAAGCGGCAGGGCCACUUCGCGCGGUGCCCGGAGGAAUACCAGCACUACUGCGUCAAAGGGAAGUGCCGCUUCUUCGUGGCCGAGCAGGCACCGGCUUGUGUGUGCGAGCCAGGCUACACCGGGGCUCGCUGUGAGAAGGUGGAUCUGUUCUACCUGCGAGGGGACCAGGGCCAGAUCGUCAUCAUCUCCCUGAUCGUCGGCAUCGUCACCCUCAUCAUCCUCAUCGUCGGCAUCUGCCUCUGCAGUCAGUCGAAUUGGGGCUGCCCCAGUGGGACAUGGUCCUGCAGGUGUUGGGAAGUGCCUGGGACACUCCUUUGGGGCUGGAAACCAGGUCCACUGAGAAAGGCAGAAGAGAUGGAGACGUUAAACAAGGAUUCAGCUUCCAGAAGUGAAGAUGUGCGGGAAACGGGCAUCGCGUGAAGGAGCUCCCGGUACCUGCGGG